AGGGGGUGACAAUUGUGAUGCACAGGAAGUAGGAAGCUAUACAGACAUUGCAUUUGAUACGGAGGAGGUUAGUUGUUCAAACUGAAAAAAAGAGAAACGUUUAAAGUUUAGAAAAUGUAUUAGAAAAGCAUCCUUAAGAUACAUAAUGAGGAAUGAGGAAUGUAAGCGGCUUAAUGGUAUUGUAGUUUAUGUUUUCAAGAGCUGUGAAUAAUUUAUUUGGGUUUUUAAACCAACGUUAUAUUUUAUUAAUUCAAAAGAUUGACCAUAAAUUAAAUGCAGUUUAAGAUAAAACAAAAAAAAAAAGUGAUGUUAGUUGUUUUUGACAUCUCCAACUAAAGCCGCCUGUGGAUUUUGCUUUGCAGUUUUUUCAGAGGCUCAAGUUCAGAAAUGUUUCACUUCAAGUUUGUAAACCACAGCAACUCAUUACUGCAAAAAAUGAACCUACUGCGGGAGCAAGACUGCUUUUGUGAUGUCGCCCUACAGAUUCACAAUUUCACAUUCCAGGGACAUAAAGUUGUCUUGGCUGCCUCAUCUCCCUUUCUGCGGGACCAGUUCUUGCUUAACGAUUCGAGGGAGGUUUCCAUCUCAGUCCUGCAAAGCUCAGAAAUUGGCAGACAGCUGCUGCUCUUUUGCUAUACAGGCAUACUGGAGUUCCCUGUGAAGGAGCUGGUGAACUAUCUGACUGCUGCCAGCGCUCUGCAGAUGGGUCAUGUUGUAGAACGGUGUGCGCAGGCUGUGUCCCAGUACCUUGACCCAACACUUGCGGAUAUAAAAGGGGUGAUGACUUUUAAUGAGGUACAGCCCUGUUCUCCAUCUUCUGACAGGGAUGAAUUUCAAGAAACCAUAGAUGGAUUUGACAUGGACUCACAGGACAGCGCCCAUAUAGUGAAAAAUGCCCCCCCUUCUAUAAUUCCCUCCAAAUGCAAGCGCUUCUUUUCCAAAUCUCUAACCUCAUCCAUUGAAACCUCUGGAAGCAACACGCAGGACUAUUCCACAGACGACUCAGUUGACCAGGAGGUGGUCAGUGGAGACAUUUAUAUGCUCGCUGCCCAAGAAAUCGAAUUCCAGGGCUUAGCCUCGAGUAGCCCUGUGUCUGAAGAGAGUCUGCAACACAACCAGAUCCAGUCUGCUUUGAUCAGCAAGCUGAUGUCGGAGAACUUGAUCAGAGAGCACGACACCAUAUUGCAAAAGCCCUAUUACUGCCGGAAGUGCAGCAAAGUCUUUCAACACCUGGAAAACUACAUCAGCCACGUGAAAGAGCACAAGCUGUACCUGUGCUUGCGCUGUGGCAAGACAUUCUCGCAGAAAAGUAACCUCACCCGGCACAUACGUGUGCACACUGGAAUGAAACCCUUCGAGUGCCCGCUCUGUAAAAAGGCCUUCAGCCAGAAGGCUACACUACAGGACCACGUUAACCUUCACACAGGCAUCAAGCCUCACAAGUGUAACUACUGCGUAGUGCAUUUCGCACAUAAACCAGGACUGAGGAGGCAUCUGAAGGAUGUUCACAGGAAGAGCGGCUUGGAGAACACCUGUGAAAAGGUGGAUGCACUCAUUGUGGACAGCGAUUAGAAGAAACUCAAAGCAGGCACACCUGUUUGCUGUGAAUGCUGGCUGUCACAGAUGUGAGAAGGCACAAACUCAUGGUGUGGUAACUUGUACAGUUUACACAAGUUUGCAGUCCAGUGUGGAAUCAGAUUGUGUAUGUAAAUAUGGAGGGUUUAAAGAGUGAGCAGUGUAAUAGGUAAUUUAAAUUGAUUUCACAUUUCCCUUGCUAUGGUAUGGUGUUUGCCAUCAUUGAGUGGUUGUGUUGCUAAAAUAAUAUGCAUUUACCUGGCUUUGAACUUGCUUUAAUCUUGUUUGAAGAAUACCAAGUGCUGGCACUGAACAGCCUUCAUCAUUACAUUCAUAUCAAGUGGCAAUGACUUGGUUUACAUGCAGUGUAGAAACUCCAGAUUCCCUCUCCAUUGUCAUGAGCAGGGAUCUGCGUUAUUCCGUGAGUAAGAAAUAAAUAAGAGUAAAAUUAAAGGGCUAAAGAAAUAAAUAAGAGUAAAAUUAAAGGGCUAAAAAUGAGUUUCCCAGCCACAUUAUAAGACACACAAACAGUACUAUUGGGUAACCGUUAACACAGGAAGUAUUCAUUCUUGUUACACUACUUGGGUCUCUUUAUGUUGUAUUUUAGUUUAUAACUUUUAAUUAUUCUUGAACUGUAACCUUGUAUUACAGUGUAACAUGUGUAAUUCGCUUUGGAUAAAUGCGUCUGCUAAAUAAAUAAAUACAAUAAAAAUGGUUACACUUUCAAAUUCUAAGCAAGUUACAAGCUUACCAGCGCCAUUAAUCAAUAAAACAAACACACACUUUUUUUUUUACUUCACAUAUUACAAAUAGUUUCCUGUUAUAAAAAUAAAAAAUAAUAAUAUUCACGUUAGGUCAACUCCGAGUUAGUCUUCAUCAUCAGGCUGCUGUUGAUCCACUUGGUACAGAGGAAUAUCGGCUUUUACACACAUUUUGACAAAAUCUGAAACCACAGUUUCACGCUGUUCUUUGGCAGUUGUAAGACGCUGAAAUUCACCCUUGCCAAACUCGUUGACACGAUCUUUAGAGGUGAUUGUUAUUGUUUUCAGCAUCUUUGAACAGCUCUGAAUACUGAAGUAAACUGAACUUGAAUACCGGAAGCAGUUUUAUUAGACCGGUAUGUUUAUAUAAAUUUAAAGCAAAGUUGCCUGUGUUAAUGUUUAUAUAUUAUACUUGUAUUGAUUUAGUUAUUAUCAAACAAACAAAAAAAACCUUGCAUGUUUUUUGACCCUGCCCAAGUGUAAAACUAAAAAAUCUCCAAAAACAUAUAAAAUCUGUGUUAUCAUAGAAAAUCUGCGUUUUUCUGCGUUAUUCGACAGCAAACGGAUUCCUGGGAUCCCUGGACAUGAGACUGACGUAGCAGACACACAUCACACGCAUUCCUCAUGCUAAAGGAAGUGCAUGGAAACAAGUUCAAAAUCUAGUUCAAGUUCACAAGACUUCAGGCAGUGAAGCUGCUGUUUAAAAAACUUCUUGUAAGCCCAGUUUACGAGAAGGCUGCACAAUAUUGGCAGUGCCGCAAGGCCAAAUUGGAACACUGCCAAACACUUAAGUACACCUUCCCGUAUUUUUAUAUCAAUUUGGUCAUUUUAACUUUUGAAGAAUUUCUCUCCCUUAAAGAAAACUGCAUGUAAGCCCAAAUUGCCCGAAAGGUACUACCAAAAUAGAGUGUCAAAAAGGUGAGACUUAUUUUUAUUUUAAACCAAGCCGAUGUAACCUUUGAAGCUACUUACUCUUUGAACAGUGCCUUAACAGCACAGAGCUGUUUCUGGAAUAUACACAUUCCAGUAACAUGGAUGGUCUGAGCCAGAGUAGAGCAGUCAUUAUCAAGCUUUAUAUGACAAGUGGGAUCUGCUAUUCACAUGCAUGGGGGAUUCCAAAGCUUUUUUCUUGUAGUAACAGGACUCAGUACAGUUUCAUUAAGAAAUGUCACAAAGAAAUGGGGCAGCAGUGUGGAGUAGUGGUUAGGGCUCUGGACUCUUGACCGGAGGGUCGUGGGUUCAAUCCCCAGUGGGGGACACUGCUGUUGUACCCUUGAGCAAGGUACUUUACCUAGAUUGCUCCAGUAAAAACCCAACUGUAUAAAUGGGUAAUUGUAUGUAAAAAUAAUGUGAUAUCUGUAUAAUGUGAAAUAAUGUAUAAUGUGAUAUCUUGUAACAAUUGUAAGUCGCCCUGGAUAAGGGCGUCUGCUAAGAAAUAAAUAAUAAAAUAACAAAGGCAUUGACAACAUAGUACUGAUUUGGUUGAAAUCAGACUUUUGAGUGGAAGCUGCAACUCCCUUUAUUAAAGGAAGGACUGGAAAAGGAAAGACCAAAGCACUUGUCAUAUAAUAGCUGUAACUAAAGGAUGACACAAGUGUAUUUGGAAGCAACUGUCUCCCUGGCUAGUAUAAAAGCCUUUAAUUGUAUGAAGACUUAUAUCCUUGUACACUUGGUGCACCCUAGUUAACGUGUCUUAAGUAGAGUUUUAGUCCUGAGACUCUCCAACAGCUGCUUGGUUUGAAACUGCCAAAUAUGAUACAGUACCAAAAAGCAAAAAAAUAAUAACCUGCACAAAAAUGUUUUAAUAUACAAAGCUACUGUGCGUAAUAACAUUGUUAUCAGUGUUGUGAGCGUUCCUAUUUGAUCAUUAUUUUUAGUUAAAACAGGGAUACAUAUUUCUGUAUCUGUAUUAGUACAAGCUGCCUUAGUGCUAAUCACUUUCAUUGUGACAAUUACUGUUUUAUUUUACUGUGUAAGGACUUCGAUAAUUCACAUAUGUUUCUAGUACUACAAAGCUGUAGGUGAAAUAAAAUUUAAACUGCUAUUUCUACCUAAUCCCUUACUUUGCUGUAGGUGUGAUCCUAGGUAGAAUAAUAGUCACAAGUACUGUUACUGGGCAACAAUGCUUUUAUGUAGUCUGUUCAAAGUGAAUAGAUAAUACUAACAAUUGCGUGACUAAAUAAAUCCUUGUAUAAUAAAUGGUGGUGGUUCUUUAACCUUUAAUUUAAUCAAUCAAUCACCUGUGUAAGAGAAGCUUAAGCUUAUGAUUUUGAAAUGUCACAUUUUUCAAUAUUCGUCAGUUUUUGUUUAGUAUAUAGAAUACUACAAAGCGGUAUGCAAUUCAAAAUGUUAACGUAACAGUUCAGCAGGUUUCAUUCUACUUUAUGAAGCACACAGCCCGACUCAAGCCAUCUCGACUCAUCUCAUUUGAGUAUGCACAGAUUUUGCGAUCAGUUGUGCUCAGUUUUGGUUUGACGUCACAAUUGAGUUUUUCCCGACUGGGUGUUGCACACUGCUAAGACUGAAUUACUGACCACGACUAGAUACUGGUGAUUACUAUGUAUGCACAUGUAAUUAUUAUUGCCCUGUACACAUUUUUGUAUUAACUUAGCCCAACAUAGCGACCCUCAUAUUAUGCCUGGCAUCGUAUGCUGAUUAGACGACGGAGACAGCGCUGCGAGGCAACCAAAAGAAGCGCUUAGCCUAUUAAUUAAUUGACCAUUUACACUGUGCAAACGUUUCAGGCAGUGUUUGACUUUUUGCAUAGCUUGUCUACUACACUUUAGCCUGUGGUAAAUAAAAUCCAACCUGUUGAUUUUGUAUUUGACUGGUGUUUUUUUUCUCAGCGUGUGGAUCUACGGGCUUGUGAUUUGUGACCUAUUGGAGAUCGACUCACCGGUUACUUCUGUUUUAGCGCAGUAAGAAAAUAUAGGCUGCCAGUAGAUUGAUAAUAAAAAGGUAAAUUGAUCAUUUACCUUUGAUUAGUAAACACCUAAAAAAAACUAUUCAAAUGUGCACAUAUCUGGUAUUUUUUAAUUCAGGACACUCGAGCAAUUCAAGACUAAUGUAUUUUUACCUGUGGAACUAAAGCUGUCAACAUUCCGCCAUCUUCUAUGACAAGUUACAUGACAAGCUACGUCACGUAAACCUGCUUCAUCCUUGGUUGACACCCUUAUAACUAAUCGGUCUCACUCAGUCUUGGUCGGCAACCACCGCAUACAGACGGACUGAUCACAUCUGAACGAAACUGCGUCUGAAAAAGAUUCAACAUGUUCAAUCUUCAAAU